AAUAUCCAGCCAACAAGGAAUUCUUCUAAUUACUCAUACAUAAAAGGAAGAUGCAACAAAAAUAAAACACCCCGUUCCAAAAUCUAAAAGAGAACCGUACUAGUUAACUUCCCUCAAUCAACACCGCCACCAGCCAGCCCUCCUUACCCCACCCUUUUCCCCCAACCAAAACCAAAGCUACUUCCCACCACUAAACCAUCCCCACAACCCUUCCUUUUCCUUCUUCCGUCUCUUCUCCUGCUCCUUUUUCCCCUUCCACCACCACCCGGCCACCGUGCCAGCUGCAUAGCCACCCAAAUGACUCCAAUGAUCCAUCACGGGCAUCCGCAGCCGAAACGGCAACACCACCAAUGACGCAAUUUCGAUAAACACGAUGACACUCAGGAAUGUCGAGCCCUUGGCGGAGAAGGUCUCUUGCCAGGAUUGCGGGAGGAGGGCAAUGGUUAGUUUGUCGCUGUUUUAUGGGAGGGGUUAAUGUUAGCGGUAGAUCAAAUUGUAAAGGGAAUGGAGAGAGGGGAGGACGAACUUUGCAUGUAUCAUGCACCAGGCGGCGACGAGGCCGGCAAUGGCGCCUGAGGCGCCGAGGGAGGUUACGGUUAGUUUAUUUUGGAGGACGUGGGCGGUUAGGGAGGUUAGGGAGGCGAUGACGCCGGCAGAGAAAUAGAGGGAGAGGAAGUCGGCGCGGCCGAGUUCUUCGUGGACUAUUUUUGAAGGUUUGUUAGAGCCAGCGUUUCCUUUUAAAAUUUACUAGACUUUGGGAGUUGAAUUAAAGGAAAGGUGGGAGGUAAUAGGAUAUGAAUAAUAGAGAAUCAUUGGCAAUAAAGGUAAAACGUCACUUACGUCUUGUCCCGAUGAACCACAAAAUCAACAUAUUGGCACCUAGAUGUCGGAAUUGUUGGUGGCUGAAUAUGCUGCCGACAAUGCUAAUUGAGUACGGAUACAACGGCACGCUGAUGAAAUAUCGAUUCAACAUUCUCCAGGCGGGCGGGACGGCUCGCCACAUGGCAAAGAUGAGGACGUUUGCCCCAAUGAGACCGAUCACGGUUGCUGCGGCGGGGGGUGUAUUGGGCAUCAGGCGCUCCUGACGAGGUGCUGGCUCAUAAUUUUCGGCGAGGACACAGCAGAGGCCUAUGGUAAGGAGUGUUAUACAGAGAGAGGGGAGGAUUCGGCUGGCCUGACAUACCUUCGAGAGUUUUGAGGUAUCCAAAUCCUUUGCUGUUGCCCGAAGAUGAUGUUUCUGCACCCAAGCCAACGCAGGACGGACAUCCGGAUCCGCACGAGGUUUAGCUAGAAGGGGGGUACCGGUUAGAAAAAGCCCAGCAAAACCAUCACGGCAGAUAAAAAUUAAAUGUGGAAUGUGCAGAAUAUAGAAAUACCUUCCAUAACCGCGGCUUCCUCGAACUUCCGCAACUCCAUAUUUUUCUGAAUGCUCCGCUUCAACUUUUCCCGAUCCUUCGCCUCGCCUUCCAGCCACUCGCGUCUCCGCCGUUCAUCCUCCAACUUAUUCUUUCGCUCGUUCGCCUCCCUCGUUUCCUGCAGGAUACUUUUGCCAUAAACAUCCCCUUCCUUCUCUAUGGGUUUAUCGAACUUCCCACUCUGCGGUUUAUACAGGCCAAGCGCUUGACCACGCUUGAUCAGCUUCUGCUCCUCUGCAAUUUCUUCUCGUUCAAUACGCUUUAGAAUCGCAGCAUCUUCGUCCACGGGGUAUCUUUUCCGCAGCCAUUCUAGUCCUGCUAUUAUCGUAUCCUCCGCCACAACAUUCUUUAUAUCAGCGGGGAGAUCGACAUCGAUGGUACCGGAGAUACGACGUGCUUGGAGUAUUCGUAGCAUUCUGUUGCCCAGCGGUACUGAGAUCUGCGACUCUGAACCAAAUAUUUGGGAGAGCUCCAGAGCAGAGAGAUCGCGGGCUCUGAACCGAGCGCCAUCUUCGCGUCUCUUGAGGGGCGGAGGAGAUCGGGGUGCUCUGGCGGCGAAGGUAGCGGAAGAGGAGAAUGUGCGGGACGGAAAGGAGAUUCGACGGGAAUGACACGAUUGGAAUAUGCCUGUAGGUUUAGUUGGAGAUAGUAUAUUCUGGAAGGGAUUGGAAAUAUUCUGCAGGCUACUCAUAGAGCGGGUUGCAAAAUUCCAGCCGUCAGGCCAUAUCAUCUGGAGAAGGGCGAGGGGAGCUGCUUGGGGAGAUGGCGAGGAGCGAAUGCCCAUGCACGGUCUUCGCCAUGCCACCGAGAAAACAUUGUUCAUCUCCCACAGCUCAAGAGAGAUCUCAUCUGGCUACAGAAACGGCUUUCAAUAUCGUGAGUUGUAAUUGUAGGAGUCUGAAUUUUUUGGCGGGAGAACUUUAGCGCGGAAAUGCGGCUCCGCCGGCGCCUAUGUGCCGCUUAUUAAGCGCGAUUAGCGCCAGGUUUGCCUUUGAUAUGAUGUUCAAUUAUAGCACCAAAAGGGCAAAAUAUCAUAGCUACGCCGACAUUGUUAUGCUCAUUUAUGCAUAACUAAGCUAUUAAUUGGAUCUCAUGGCUAAUUACAUUGUAUUAGAACCUGAGGUGGAGCUUCUUACACAAUUUUCACAACUUGCACUGGUGUUGAGCCUCAAAAACGUCUUAUGUCAUCCCGCCUUCUACAUAGCUUACUUCCAAAUAUCAACAACCUCACACCUCUCUUCUUUAUCUUGAAAACACAGUUUUGCUUCACCCUUAAGGCUGUUGGGCCCAUUAAGCCUACUUGAGUUGUCACCCCACCUCAAAUCCAAGCGUCUUCAUUCUAUUCCUAUAGUUACGACCCCGACCAUCACCACAGGACAAAACAAAAUCAAUUUCUAAAACAAUGUCCGCCGCCUCCACCCCGAUAACCCCACAAGCCUUCGCCGAAGCGCUAAAAUCCCUUCCCCUCUCUUCCCUCUACGCCAAAGGCUCCGAGCUUCGCAACUCCAUCGCCCACCUCCAGCGCUCAAACGAUGAGUUGGCCCGGUACAUAGCGGAAGAGUCACCGGACGGCCACGAUAAGGACUGCGAAGAUGCCAUUAAGGAGAAUGAGGUGGUUAUUGUUCGUAUGCAGGAGAGAAUUGAUCUUUUGAAGGUUGAAGUGGAGCGUAGGGGGAAGAGAUGGAGUGAGGAGAUGGAGAUGGACAUAGACAUAGACGGGGACGGGGAUAUGAAUGGUGGGGCUGAAGGGGAUGUGGGCGUGGGCGUUGGGGUUGCUGACAGCGGGCCUACGGGAACGGGAACGGGAACGGAAACGGAAACGGAAACGGGGAGUGGGAUAAAUGCCGGUAACAAUAUCCUAAAUGGAGAUGCCCAAACAACGACGGGGCAACAUGCUCAGCCCCUCAGUAAUCAAAAUAAUAGCGCUGCUAGCGCGGGGCGGAAUGGUUCUGGUGGUGAUGAUGAGAUGCAGGGAAGUGAGGCUGGUGUGUAUUUAUGAGCUACGUUGCUCAUCAUUUCAUCGUUAUAUUGCUGUCGAUUGGAUGUCUCGGCCCACUUCGCCUUUCCCUUGUUUUUAGGGUCAAUAUCGAUAACAUGGCCGAGACAUGUUACGGGGUUUGAUAUUCUAUUAUUCGCCGUCGAUUCCCGAUGUGUCGCUUUUGGCCCCCUAUUUAUUUGUCAACUAUCCUGCCGAGGAAAUACGGACCCUGGCUCUGUGGCUGCCUGGCCUUAUGAGGCGUCUGAAACAUGCCUUCAGCCAUCAGCCCUAUUUGAGAACGGGGUGCCAGGAAGGUUGAACGAAGAGUUGGGUUGGAGGGUCAGGGGAGUUGUGUGAUGUCGCUUCGCUUUCGCAAGGAAGUGUGCUUUAGGGUUUGGUUUAUCGGAAAGUUAUAAUAGCCUGGUAGGGCGAGGAAAUGUAUCCGGGGCUAGCAGAAAGUGAAGAACAGGAUCUACCCAUGCCACCUAUUUAUUUAUACUUAAAGAAACGGCCGGACUGCGUAAUGUUUCCGUCGGGACAACGAAAUGAGCCGGAAGCCGCAGUGACUUAAAAAGGCUUGUAGAAAGCUUAAACUUAAUACAUUGAGAAGCCUUGAGACAUUAAAAAGAAAACAACCGUUGCAGGGUUUAUUGCAGGAUUUUGGUUGAAUGUAACUAAGUCAGUGAUUGCCGUCCUCGCCGAAGCGCAGCUCCCUCGAAAACAAUUGUUUAAUUUUAAAUUGCCCGCUAGCUACCUGAGAAAUUGAUUGGCUGGUUGCUGGAGACAUGCAAAAUCAAUAUUUAUGCGAAGAAAAAGCGAGCAGGGCAGUUUCAAAAUGAGACUUUAAAAUGGAGGGAGAAACGGAAAAAUGGGAAUCAAAGUGUAAAAAAGAAAAUCCAUGCAGACAUAUGCCCAUUCCCGAAGAACAAAAUGAAAUAACAAACGAAAAGAAACAAGGCCCAAUAAACAUAAGAUAUCUGGGUCGAGGGCUUCAAUAGCUUUAAAAAAAAUCGCCGAUAAGAAUAAUGAAACGGGAUAUGCCCAGUUUGGCCUUCUCUCCCCUGAGUGACAAAUAUGAUUAACGCCC